AUGACUGUUGAAAUACAAAAUUAUCCACAUUUACCAAUAGAAAUCAUAAGUCAAAUAAUAAGUAAUAUAGAUGACUUGGAGACAUUGUAUCACUUAAAAAAAGUUGAAAAACUAAAACCACUAAUAUAUCAAAAAUUAUUUCCCAUAGUAUCUGUAUCAAAUCGUAAAUCAAUAUUAUUCAGUGAAUCAUAUUCAAUUCAAGAAUUCUUAAAUUUUGUAAUAGAUAAUGAUUUUUAUAUUCCACCUAAAAUUGAAAGUUCAGUAGAUACUUUAAUUGAAAUUUCCAAAUGUAAAGAAUUUGAUCCUAAAUUUAAGAUUUUAGAUUUCAAUAAUACAAGAUUUGAAUUAAAAAUUGAAAAAUAUAAUUCUUUAGAUGAUAUUAUCUCAAUUUUCCAAAAUUAUAGAGUUUUCAAGAUCUCAAUGAACUCCAUAUAUAGGGAUGAGAAUGAAUUAGGAGAGUUAACUACAAAUUUCAGAGCUGUAAAUAUAAAUCAAUUACAAAAUCUUAAAUAUCCACAAAGUUUAGAAUCAUUAGAAAUAGGUUACUAUAAUUUAUUUCCUCAAUUACAAUUACCUACAACAAUAACAGAAUUGAAAUUAAGAAAUUUCAAAGAUCAUAAAUCUAUAAGCCUACCACAAUCUAUAAAGAAAUUACACAUUACAGAGACUAAAAAUUUUGACAAUCACUUGGAUUUAUAUAAUUUAUGUAAUUUAAAACAAUUUGAAUUUAUAAGUGAUAUUACACAUAGUCAAUUAACUUCAUUUAAUCGAAUAAUUUUACCAAUAUCAAUUGAAUCAUUAUCUUUAUACAACUUAAACUUAUUAAGUCUUGAAAGUAUUGAAACUUAUGAGAAUUUAAAAUCAUUAAAGUUAAUAGAUUGUCCAAAAUUUACACAUUUUUUUAAAACACAAUUUCCUAAAAAUUUACAAUAUUUAGAAUAUGGAUUUGAAUUUCUUAAUAAUGAGUUUAAAAAUUACAUAAAUCAUGAAAAUAUUUUUAAUGAUAUAAAUGACUUACCAGAAUUUUACGGAGGUGAUGGCGGAUAUAGACUAGACAGAUAUUUAAAAAUUAAUGAAUUUCAAUAUUUACCAAGAAAUUUGAAAACUUUGAAAUUGAUUCGUAUGAAUGGGUAUUUUUUAAAUUUAUCAUUGAACUUACCAAAUUUACAAACUUUAGAAAUUACUGAAACUCAUAAGUUAUCAUUGGAUGUUUUAUUAAGUAAGAAUUUGAAAAAUUUGGAAAACUUAACAAUAAAUAAAUGUAAAGUAACUUCUUUGGAAGAUGUGAAAUUUCCAGAAUCUUUGAAAUAUUUAAAUUUGAAAUCAAAUGAAAUUACUGAAAUUCAUAAUUCAAAUUUACAAGUGUUGCAAAAUUUAAAAAAAUUAGUCCUUACUGAAAAUUUAAUUGAAUCAAUAAAUGAACAAAUUUCUCCCAAUCUACAAAUUUUGGAUAUCACAACCAACCCAAUAAGAAGUUUUCAAUUUCAAAGUAGCUUAAAAAAAUUAUUCAUAGAUAUUCGUGAAAUUCUUAAAAAUGAAAGUUUUAAAAAUAUAACCGAAUUAGGUUUGGUAAUUGAGCAAAACUGUGAAGAUGCAAAUUAUCAAUUUGAUUCAAGUUUAGAAAAAUUAGAAUUUUUUAAUAUAUCAACAACACCUUUACCAAAUCAAAGCUAUGAUUUCACUAACUACAAGAAUUUAAAAUAUUUGAAGGGAUCAAUUCAAGUAGGGGUAGAUGAUAAAGAAGUUAUAGUAGAAUUCCCCAAAAGUAUUCAAAAAAUUCAACUAAUUGGUUCUUCUCACAAUAAAGUUGAAUCAAAUUUAAAAAUUCUGAAUUUUUUACAUUGUACAAAUUUAAGAGAAUUACGUUUAACAAGUUGCAACAUCAAUAUUUUGAAUUUUGAAAUUUUACCUCAAAGUUUGGAAACUUUAUCAAUUAAUGAAACAAAUUUGAUGAAAUUGGUAGGAAGGUUUAAAAAUUUAAUAAAUUUAAAAUCAAUAGAUUUACUGAAUAAUAAAUUAAGAAGUUUUAGUUUUAUAAAUUGCAUUUUUGAAAAUCCUAAAAUUCAAAUUAUAAAUUUAAAAGGUAAUUUUAUACAUGAACUAUCAAAUAUCAAGAUUCAAAAUUGUCCUAAAUUAUUAUUAAUAAAUUUAAGAAUGGUUUCACUGAUUAGAUUAUAUAUAACUGAUGAGUUUAAAACUAGUACCAAAUCAACUUGUCCAAGAUUGAAAGAAAUUUUAGGUUUAAGUAUAGUUGAUAAAUAUCGUCAUUCAAUGUAUGGAAGUACUUACUAA